AUGUCGAGCCGUCGUACUCCAACUCGUCGUGCCCCCGUGCCUCGUGCUCCGCCCAACACUCCGCAGACGCCGAGAAGAGGAGCCGCCCCGGCUGCUGCCGCCCCUGCCAGAAGGUAAGAGUUGUUUUUUGAUGGAAAGAAAGUUUUUACAGUUUUGGAAUUUUUUGAAUUUUUUGUUUUGUAAACAAAGUUUUUGCAUUUUUUUAUUUUUUCUUUUUCAGAAGUGUUCGCUUCCGUGACGAGGUGGACAUUAUUCCGGACGAGCCAACACCGCGCAGAGGAAGAGCCGCAGCUCCAGCUAGAGCAGGACCAUCUCCAAGACGUCAGGCCUUAGCUCGUGCUCGUCCCCGUGAUGCUCGUGGUCGUUUUGUAGCCGCUGGUGGUGGUGGGUAAGUAUUGUUUUUUGAGUACUUGGUACUGUUUAGGACUAUGGCACUUUUGACAAUUUUUUUAGUUGUGGUGGUACUAUAUAGUAUAGUGCAGUAUAGAAUCAAGUACCAGAACUGUACUUUCUUGAUUGAUGUUUUUUAUUUUAGUGGAGCUGCCCGCGGAGGUGGUGCUCGCCGUGCUCGUAGUGCAUCAGCACGAGUCAGUUACGAGAUGAACCGUGACGAUCUGAACAAUGCUCGAUAUCUCAGUGACAGCGAGUUGAGUGAUGAUGAUGCGUAAGUUUAUUUUCACAUUGUGUGUUGCUAUAUACGGGGAUAUAGUUUUUUGAUUUUGGUGCUAUAUAGCACUAGUAUCCAUAUAAAUGAUACUUUAUAGCACUAGUACUCUUAUAGAUGGUACUAUAUAUCACUAGUAAGCUUGUAACCAUUUCUUGAAAAGGUGCCAGUAUGAAAGUAAAUUACUAUGACAAUACUGUUAUGAUCUCUUAAAUUUUAGUCCAGGCCCAAGUCGUCGUAGGUCAUCGUCUCGUCGUCGUGAUUCAUCGCCUAACUCGGCCAGCUCGGACGAAGAGACUCCUCGUCGCGGUGGAAUGCAAAGUACUCCCAAGUCUUCGAGGUCUGCUCGUGCUCGUCCCAACCCCGACGGAACACCACGGUAAGCUUACUGUAUUAUUGUGUUUAGUAAAGGUUUAGGCCUAGUUUUAGUUGUUUUAGGCUUGGUACGCUUAGUGUAAGAUUGGUUUUGUAGCUUAGGGUUAACUUAGGCUUAGCUUAAGUUUUGGUUUUAUAGCAUAGACAGGCUUAGCUUAGGUUUAUUACGAAUAGUUAGAUUAGGCUUAACAUAUUAAAGUUUUGUCGUUUCUACGUCAAUACUAAUACUAAUGUCACCAUUUUCAGCCCACCCCCUCGUCGCCGCGGCUAG